AUGCCGAGCCGUGACUUUAGUGACCGGCAAGCGUCUGUCCAGGCAGGCCAAGAGGCCGCGGUGCCUGCCAACCCUCCCUUGAACCCAGUCGCCUCAGCGCCGGCUGAUGCAGACAGAAAUGACGAAGAUGGUGAUCCGUUCAAGCAUCUACCUGAGCACGAGAGGGUCAUCCUCAAGAGACAGCUGGAUCUGCCCGCCAGCAAGGUCAAUUACAUAAAGCUGUAUCGUUAUGCGACACGAAAUGACAAGGUCAUCCUGGUCAUCGCCUCGCUCGCAGCAAUCAUCGGUGGUGCAUUAAUGCCUCUGAUGACCGUCCUGUUUGGAGGUCUUGCAGGCAAGUUCCGUAGCUUCAUACUGGGCGACAUAUCCGACAGCCAAUUCACUAGCGAGCUUGCAAGCUUCUCUCUGUACUUCCUCUACCUCGCUAUUGGCGAGUUUGUGAUGGUGUACUUGGCCACAGUCGGUUUCGUGCACACUGGUCAACACAUCGCAGCCAAAAUCAGACAGCAGUUCUUGGCCGCCAUUCUGAGGCAGAAUAUUGCUUUUUUCGACGAGCUCAGCGCGGGUGAGAUCACCACACGCAUGACGGCAGACACCAAUAUUAAAGCGGGAUUGACCUUGACAGCCGUCGCCACCUUUGUGGCCGCGUUCGUGAUUGGUAUUGUUAGAUACUGGAAGCUCACGCUGAUUCUGUGUUCCACUGUCGCUGCCAUUGUUGUUACGUUGGGCGCCGUAGGCUCGUUCGUCGCCAAGCUCAGCAAGACAUACCUCGGCCAUUUUGCUCAAGAAGGAAAACGCUCGAUCCGAAAUGCGGCUGCGUUCAAUACCCAAGAGAAGCUGGCUCGACGAUACGAUGUGUAUCUCGUCGAAGCAGAGAAGUCCGGAUUCAAGCUCAAGUCCACCACCAGCUCAAUGAUUGGUUUCCUCUAUCUGUACAUCUACCUCAGCUACGGACUCUCCUUCUGGAUGGGCUCCCGCUUCCUGGUGGAUGGGUCCGUUGGGUUGGCGCAAAUCCUCACUAUUCAAAUGGCCAUCAUGAUGGGGGCUUUUGCCCUCAGGAAUAUCACACCGAAUAUCCAGGCCAUCACCACAGCGGUCGCCGCAGCCAAAAAGAUCUACGCAACCAUUGAUCGUGUCUCCCCUCUCGACCCUUUAUCGACCGAGGGGCAGAAGCUGGAGGAGCUGCAAGGAAAUGUGGAACUCAAGAAUAUCAGACACAUAUACCCUUCCCUCCCCGAAGUUGUUGUGAUGGAUGAUGUGAGCUUACUGAUCCCCGCGGGCAAGACUACUGCACUUGUUGGGGCUUCAGGCUCUGGGAGAAGCACUAUAAUCGGGCUGAUUGAGCGUUUCUACGAUCCUGUCGGUGGAAGCGUACACAUCGACGGCCAUGAUAUCAAAGACCUGAACCUACGCUGCCAGCAGCCUACCUUAUUCGCUACUACGAUCUUUGGCAAUAUCAAGCACGUCCGAAAGGCAAUUUGGGAGCUGGUCGAACGUGCUGCUCGAAUGGCAAACGCCCACGAGUUCAUCACCUCCCUUCCAGAGGGCUACGAAACCGACACUGGCGAGCGAGGGUUCCUUCUCUCAGGAGUUCAGAAACAACGCAUUGCCAUUGCUAGGGCCAUGGUUAGCAAUCCUAAGAUCCUGCUGCUUGACGAAGCAACAUCGGCACUCGACAUGAAGAGCGAGAGAGUUGUGCAAGCUGCACUCGACAAAGCCGCCCAGGGACGAACUACCGUGGUCGUUGCUCACCGACUGUCUACUAUCAAGAAUGCGGACAGUAUCGUGGUUAUGUCGAACGGACGUAUUGUUGAACAAGGCACCCACGAUGACCUUCUCCAGAAGAAAGGGGCUUACUACAAAUUGGCCGAGGCUCAGCGAAUCGCGACGAAGCAAGAGUCUAGAAACCAAGAUGAAGAUCCCAUACUGCCUGAAACCGGUUAUGAUUUACGGCGACCCAAACUCAAGGAGAAUCGCUACCUCUCAGACAAAGAGGUGGACAAGACACGAUCGCACAGGACCCCAUCGAGGACGGCACUUGCGAAGAAGGGACAAGAGGACAUUGCCGACAACUAUACCUUGUUCACGCUGAUACAGUUUGUCGCUGGUUUGAACAAAAAGGAAUGGAAAUAUAUGGUCUUUGGACUUUUACUCUCGGCCGUCUGUGGUGGGGGUAAGCCAACACAAGCUGUCUUCUUCGCCAAGUGCAUUACUGCCCUUUCGCUUCCUCUUUCAGAGAGCUAUGAGAUGCGGCGACAAGUCAAUUUCUGGUCGCCCAUGUAUUUGAUGCUCGCCUUUGUGCAGCUGCUCGCUCUCAUCUCUCAGGGUAUUGCGUUCUCUUACUGCGCCGAGCGACUUACCCAUCGGGUCCGCGACCAAGCAUUUCGAUCUAUCCUCCGGCAAGACAUUGCCUUUUUCGACGAACGAUCCUCGGGUGCUCUCACUUCUUUCCUGUCCACUGAGGCCUCCCACCUGGCCGGGCUGUCUGGGAUUACUCUUAUGACGAUUCUCUUGCCGGUCACCACUUUAGUGGCCGCCUGCGGAAUUGGUCUGGCCGUCGGAUGGAAGCUUACUCUGGUGUGCAUGUCCAACAUCCCCCUCCUUCUCGCUUGUGGCUACUUCCGUUUGGCCAUGCUGGUCCGACUCGAGAAGGAGAAGAAAAAAGCCUACCAGAAGUCGGCAAGCUAUGCCUGCGAGGCCACUUCAGCCAUCCGGACCGUGGCUUCCUUGACCCGCGAGGCGGACGUUUGCAAUCACUACCACGAACAGCUCCUCUCGCAAGGCCGCAGGUUAGUGUGGUCGGUUCUCAAGUCGUCCGUUCUUUACGCGGCAUCUCAAUCACUUCAAUUUCUUUGCAUGGCUCUCGGCUUUUGGUAUGGAGGUAUCUUGUUCGGCAGACACGAAUAUUCCAUGCUCCAAUUCUUCCUCUGUUUCAGCGCAGUCAUUUUCGGCGCGCAGUCUGCAGGGACCAUCUUCAGCUUUGCACCGGAUAUUGCCAAAGCCAGGCACGCUGUUGCUAGUCUCAAGGCUCUCUUCGACCGGACGCCAGAUAUCGAUAGCUGGAGCCAUGAUGGCGAGGUGGUACGGAUUAUAGAAGGCCAUGUUGAGUUCAGAAACGUGCACUUCAGGUACCCGACGAGACCAAACCAGCUCGUUGUGCGAGGUCUCAAUCUGCACGUCAAGCCCGGGCAGUACGUUGCGUUGGUCGGACCUAGUGGGUGUGGCAAGUCUACUGCAAUUGCCCUCCUGGAGAGAUUCUAUGAUCCAGUCCUCGGCGGUAUCUAUGUCGACGGCAAGGAAAUCUCGUCAUUCAACAUCAACAGUUACCGCUCCCAUCUCGCACUUGUCAGCCAGGAGCCAACGCUCUACCAAGGGAGCAUCCGUGAGAAUAUUAUGCUGGGUACAGACCGAGAGGACGUUUCAGAGGACGAGAUGGUGCUCUGCUGCAAGAAUGCAAACAUCUACGAUUUCAUCAUCAGUCUGCCAAACGGUUUCGAUACCCCCGUUGGUAGUAAGGGCAGCAUGCUGUCCGGUGGCCAGAAGCAACGUCUUGCAAUAGCUAGAGCAUUGCUCCGCAACCCCAGAAUUCUUUUGCUCGAUGAGGCCACGUCCGCUCUCGAUUCAGAGUCUGAAAAGCUCGUGCAAGCUGCUCUGGAUACCGCAGCUCAAGGCCGCACGACGAUCGCCGUGGCGCAUCGUCUCAGUACAGUGCAAAAGGCAGACAUGAUCUAUGUCUUCAACCAAGGCCGCAUCAUCGAGUUUGGGACUCAUUCUGAGCUGAUGCAGAAGCGGUCAGCAUACUUUGAGCUUGUCAGCUUGCAGAAUUUGGGCGGAAUGUGAAUGAAUGUCUACCUGGGGAUCUUGAAGCUUUGGCAGUGCCGAGAAAACGUCCGGCCGGAUAGUGACUAUCAAACUGAUGCUUUUUCCUUUUCUUUGUCUUUUUCUGGUGCCUGAUGGCUAUGGUCGUCCUUUAUGUAUCUCCAUUUUACUAGUACUGCCGCGCUGAUUGUAGACAGUGGAGGAAGCGGUGGUUCAGACAACACCAUGGUCUCUAGCACUCAUGGAAAGUUAUUCUUAUAAUAUAUAACAAGGUCUACGAGGGCGGGCCAUCCUGGGCAAAUGGCUACC